GGUGGCUUAUUGAUUCUUAUCUGCCGCACUAGAUCUUUCUUUGUGCCUUUCUCUGCAUCCUCGACAGCUCCGUCUAAUCUCAUAUGCCAUUUCUUUUAUUGACCUCGUCUUGUCGUUACUCAGAGCGGCGACAUUUACUAUUGCUUCAAUUGACCUACACGGAGGGCUGGACCGAUCGAUGACGUAGGAAAGCGUCGUUCAACAAGGUACAUCGCCUUGUAGAUGCGCAGCCUGAUGGGCACUUUUGCUUCUCAGUGCUCCUAGUCCCUCGAACUUGGAUAUUCGCCCUCGAGAACGGUCAUGAAAUGGUUCGCGAUUUCCAGUAGACGUCCGUUCUCAUCAUGGGCGGGCUUCCUCUCAACUUUGCUUAUAUGGUCCCAGGCCGUACAGGCCGUUGACAUAAACUUUGAAGAUCCUGAGUCGUUAAAGCAAGCUGCUAAAGCUGUAGCCACUAACAUGAUGAGCUAUUAUACUGGAAUGAACCCAGGAGAUGUUCCCGGGAACUUACCUCCUCCAUACUAUUGGUGGGAGGCUGGUGCAAUGUCUGGCACAUUGGUCGAUUAUUGGUUCUAUACUGGUGAUUCAACAUGGAACGAUAUAAUCACUCAAGCCAUGCUGUGGCAGGCCAGUCCAACUUCCGACUUCAUGCCGGCGAACCAGACCAAGACUGAAGGAAAUGACGAUCAGGCAUUCUGGGCUUUCGCAGCAAUGUCUGCCGCGGAACGAAAUUUUCCAAAUCCGCCAAAGGACAAGCCCCAAUGGCUGGAGUUAGUGCAGGCGGUGUUUAAUGAACAAGCGAGUCGAUGGGACAUGCAGACUUGCGGCGGUGGUCUCCGCUGGCAGAUCUUCACCUGGAACAACGGCUACAACUACAAGAACACCAUCUCGAACGGAUGUUUCUUCAAUAUCGCUGCACGACUCGCGAAGUAUACGAACAACCAGACUUAUGCAGACUGGGCAGAAAAGAUUUGGGACUGGACGGAGACUGUGGGGUUCAUGACGCCGACAUAUGAAUUUUGGGAUGGUGCAGAUGAUACCAAGAACUGUACCCAGUUCAACCAGAUCCAAUGGACAUAUAAUGCCGGAGUCUAUCUGUUGGGGGCGGCAAACAUGUUCAACCACACGAAUGGUGAUCCGAAAUGGCAGGAUCGGACCCAGAAGAUUCUCGAUGCCACGGGAGUGUUCUUCUCUGACAAUCCAAAGGAUGUCAUGUAUGAGCGAGCCUGUGAGCCGAUAAAUACGUGUCAAGUCGACCAGCGCUCAUUCAAAGCGUACUUGUCUCGAUGGAUGGCAGCCACGACCCAAAUGGCUCCCUUUACUUACGACGCUGUGAUAGCGAAGCUUCGUGCUUCCGCUGCAGCUGCAGCAAAAACUUGCACUGGUGGCUCUGAAGGAACGAGCUGUGGUCUGAAAUGGACAGACCAGAAAUGGGAUGGUAGCCAAGGAGUUGGGGAGCAGAUGAGUGUUCUGGAAGUGCUCCAGUCGACUCUCAUCACUAAUGUUGCACCACCGGUAACCAACUCCAGCGGCGGGACCAGCAAGGGUGACUAUUCCGCCGGCACAGGGAGAUCCUCUGGAGACUCACCGAGAGUCCUCACUGACCCUAUUACGACGGCAGAUCGUGCCGGUGCUGGUAUUCUGACAGGAUUACUGCUUAUCACUGUUGUGGGGUCCACUGGCUGGGCGAUCUUCGAUUGAGCCUGUAAUGAUUUGCGACUAAUGACAGUAAGGGGUUACAUUGCUAUAUGGAAGGACUGGAGUCUUGAAAUGUUCAUCAUACAUAGAAUGGCAUGGGUAGAACUUGGGGCCUCAGCGUAUUUUGUAGUAUCAG